AUGAAGGACCAGCGCGGACCACGCGACGAGCACCACUGCGGCCUGCACCACCGCGGCUUCACACAUCACGAGUUGAUGAUGCAGGAAGCAGACCAUCGGCCUCGCUCCAAGUCCGCCAUGACCACUUCGAACACGACCUCCUCUCAAUGCAUAUGCCAGGAGGAGGAACUGGAGAGAGCGAAGUGGAGAGAGCUCAACGAGCUGUUGGAGCACUACAUCAACUCUGGUCGCAUGACUGGCCCCUGGCGAGAGCAUUGGACCCACACGUGGACUGUGGACGGUAACGCCAUGCGCUUGUCCACCAUGUCGCCCAUCCCUGAAGAAGGCGAAUGA